GCGUUUCUCCAGUGAAGACUUCUAUCUGUAGUUUAGUGUGACCUUCACCAACACACGGUUGCAAAGUACGCCAAGAACCCCGUUGUUAACCGUAGCUGAUGACAAGUCCAGCUCACACGGCUCUGUUCAGUGUUUUGCGCGGCUACACAGAUUGCAAGCCUAGAUAAACCGAUAACCCGAUAACGCACAUUACAUUCCAUGAAAAGAGCAACGAUAAGAAUUCCGACAGGGGAAGUAAGUUAGCACAUAGGUAUCAAGGAAGCAACGAAAAAGAGAAUGAAGCUACUAAACACAACGGUUCACGGUUCGCCGCAUUUACUAGCGAAACAUUGAACGUGGCAGAACUGGGUUGAAGGUUAGCCAAGGCUUAGACUAACAUCGUGAACGUUGUGAAAAAACUACUACACUACUGAACUACCUCAAAAACUUUCCAAUGUGUUAUGGAGCCAUCCCAACCUUAGACCAGGAGGCAUACCUUCGUGGAGAAGGAACUGGUAACUUUCAAAUAAACAGGCCACCGUCCCGUACGCUAUCGGCCGUCACACGGUCGGUACUCCCUCAGGUGCGUCUGUUUCGUAUCCAGGUACCGGAUAAUACAACGGCCACGGUUUCAGCCAGUGGGCCCGUUUCCCGGCCGGUGUCGCAACCACAACCGCCAAACCAAACAAACUGAUCACUAACAUCCAAUAGUGGGGGAUCGACGAGCACAGCAAAACUUUGGUCCAGCGAGGAUCGCUUAUCACCGGUGACCAUCACGCCGGGACAAACCGACAAGCUCAACGAAACGACUAACUGGUAACUUGGAAGCAUCCUCCAAACAGCGCCCUAUACAACGAUCGGCAACGGAGUGAAUAUUUGAAUGUGUAUAUGGCAGGACGGUCCUUGUCUUAAUUUGGCUACAAAGCAAUUAACACAGCUAAAACCUCCCAGACAAACAUUCAGCAUAAUCAUCCGCACGCACAGUCGCGAUCGUCGCCUUCCUUUCCGUCGCGUUCCAAGAAGCUGGAACGUGAAGCCUAUAUAAGACGAGCUCAGACGCAGCUUCGCCAUGUAUUAUUUGAGCCGCCGCGUGCUUAUCAUGUUGACGUGCAGUGUGCUGAUCACGACGAUCGUCUUCUUUACCGCCUACGGCGUGUACGGAGCACCGUCAUCCGAAGAGGACCAUUCAGACGAGGGCAGUGAUGUUCACUUUCUGGACCAGCUAGAUCGACGGCCAGGCUUCGAGCUGAAGCAAGUGCACGUGUUUUUCCGCCACGGACAACGUACACCGGCCGACACGUAUCCGAACGAUCCGUACGUUAACUAUACCUUCGAACCGUACGACUGGGGACAGCUGACAAACCACGGUAAAUACUCAGUCUACGAACAGAUCGGUUCCUGGCUGCGCGAUCGCUAUGGACGGUUCGUCGGUGAAACGUAUCGUGCCAAAAACGUUCAUGUACAGACGACCGGUGUCUCACGCACGCAGAUGUCGAUGCAACUCGUGCUAGCCGGCCUUUUCCCACCGGCAGGUACGCCUCUCGAAUGGAACCGGCGUCUCAACUGGCAACCGAUACCGUACUUCAGUGAACCACUUAGCCAAGAUACGCUUCUGCUAGUGCGUGUUUCCUGUCCACGAUACACCGAAACUGUGAAGGAAUCUUUCCAGCUGCCGGAAAUCGUUAGUCUAAUGAACGCUAACAAACAGCUGUAUGAGAAUCUCACAAGCAUCACCGGGCUGACGAUAGCGAAUCCGGACGAUGUGCAAUCACUGUUUAGUACGCUUAAGGCCGAGUUCGAGUACGGUCUAAAGCUGCCCUCCUGGACGAAAGCAUACUAUCCGGACAAGCUGUUGCCUUUAACGAAGAAAAGCUACGCGCUUAACGUUUACACCGACGAGAUGAAGCGUUUAAAGGGUGGUCCGUUCCUUCGCAAGACACUGAACGAAUGGGAAGCCCUGAUCGCUAAUCCGACUGGUUCGCACAAGAAAAUCUUCCUAUACGCUGGUCACGAUUCGACCGUCGUUAACAUUCUGUCGGCGUUUAAGGUUUGGGAUGAAACUGUCCUGCCCGAUUACGGUGUGAUGGGUGUGCUGGAACUAUACCGCGAUAGUAGCAACGGUGAAUACGGUGUAACCGUUAGCCAGAAACAACUCGGACAGCGUCUGCAACGUCUCAUAAUACCCGGCUGUACCCCACUGUGUCCGAUCGAGAAGCUGAAAACCGUGCUGAAGAAUACCAUACCGACCAACUGGAAGACGGACUGUGUAGCGAAAAAUCCCGACACCGUUGAACCACCACCGUCGGGACCUUAGAGUAAAGGUAGCUGACCACUGUGUAGCCAUACUGUGUAAGGUGUGAAUAAACUAGAUGUCUAUGUAAACAUGA